CUACCUGUUAAUGAAUGGUUAACCUUUCAGUGCUCCGCAGAGCUUUUUUGUAUCUUUAACAUUUCUACCUAUAUAUAUCUAUAAUAUUUCUAUGUUGCACAUUACAUUCAACACUAGUCUUCUUCAACCUUUGGAUAUGACUAUCUUGAAAAUCAACACUCCUUUCUCAAAUGCUACUACGCUCUUCUCAAAUGGAACCUCUGUGAGUGCUUCUGCUGAUUUUUCCAGGACUGCUGUGAUGAGAUUCUUAUAUCACCGAUCGUCGGAGUUGUCGUGGGUCAUGAGAGAUGGCUCAGGAUGUAGGCUUGCUUGCAGGACUCAAAGAAUUGUGACAAGAAAGAAUAGGAGAGUGGAAGUAAAAGCCUUUACAGAAGAGCAGGAAGCUCUGGUGGUGAAGUCGUGGAGUUCAAUGAAGAAGAAUGCUGGAGAAUUAGGUCUCAAAUUCUUCUUGAGGAUAUUUGAGAUCGCACCAUCAGCGAAGAACUUGUUCACAUUCUUGAGAGAUUCAGAUGUCCCUCCGGAGCAGAACCCAAAGCUCAAACCCCAUGCCAUGACGGUCUUUGUCAUGACGUGUGAAACAGCCGUGCAACUUCGGAAGGCUGGCAAGGUCAAUGUGAAAGAGUCAACUCUGAAAGAUUUGGGUUCUUCUCACCUCAAAUAUGGUGUGGUUGACGAACAUUAUGAGGUCACAAAGUAUGCAUUGUUGGAAACUAUAAAGGAAGCUGUCCCAGAAAUGUGGUGUCCAGAGAUGAAGCUUGCUUGGGGAGAAGCUUAUGAUCAGUUGGCCGCUGCCAUCAAGAAAGAAAUGAAGCCUCCUUCCCAGUUUCCUUAGGAGGAAAAAGAAAAUGGAAGAGAAUUCGAAAAUAAAAGAACCUCCAUGUGAAAAAAAAAAAAAGUUUGAGACCUUUCAUGACACCAUUAUUUUGAGAGUUGUAAGAUAAUUUUGUUCCAACUAAGAAACUUUAGAUGUCGCAUUUGUUCUUUUGCAUGUAAACGAAAAAAGUAGAUUGCUUUGCGUGUC